AAUGGCCACAAUAGACGUAUAGCCGUGCAACUGCAAGUGAACAAAACAAACACAAAAACGUCAACAUUGCGACUUUUUAGCGGCCGCUCUUUUUUGGCGUAUCGCGGCCACCGUAGGAGAGUUCGGUAUUUCCUCAUCAUGUGACGGAAGCAAACAUCAACACCGCCGUGAAAACCGACGAAAUGACAAGCAAAACGCGGCUUUAAUUCAAGUUGGGAAAAUAACAUGCUCGAGUUCUCACUCGUCGAAGUGAGAUUUUGAUGUUUGCUGGCCGGUUUUUCGGCUGUCACUGCUCAGGAUGGCUGUACCUCACACUGGCCAGUCCUCACUUGUGCACAGCUUGGCCACCCUCCUCAGAAACAACGGUGACGUGGUGCUGGAUGGAAGCAGCACGCUGACCCUGCAGGCCGGCAGCCUGCGGCAGCUCACCAGGCUGUUCGAGCAGCACCUGCUGCCCAGGAGCCAGCAGCACGGCUUCCUGGCGCUGCCCUCCCACCCGGCCGACACCGCGUCCCUGCUGCAGCUGCAGUUCCUCUUCGACGUCCUGCAGAAGACCGUCUCCCUCAAGCUCAUCAACCCCCCAGGAGAGAGACUACAGUCCGUGGUGAAAAUCUUCCCUUUCAAGUCUCUGAAGUAUUUGGAGCUGAAGAGGAUCCCCCCGCACUGUCUGGAGGGGCUGAGAGGAGUUUACUCCCAGCUGGAGGUUUUCAUUUGCACAAAGAGCUUCAGCUCCCUGGAGGAGCUGCUUUCUCUGUGCGGAGGCGACCUGAGCUCCGCGCUGCCCUGGCUGGAGCUUCACACCCUUAACUUCAGCUACAACUCCAUCGCCUGCCUCGACCAGUCACUGGUGAGACAAACGCGCACGGAGACACGCCGCGUCUCGCUUAACGGCAGAUGUCCUGACGCCAGUCUCUCUCCCCCGCAGAGUUUACUGAACGUCCUGAGAUCGUUGGACCUAAGCCACAACAAGAUUCAGGAGUGUGCCGAGUUUCUGACGCCCUUGAGCGAGCUGGAGCACUUGAACCUGGGCUACAAUUGCCUGCAGAGGGCGCCAACGCUAGGCCCAAGCGCGAGGGCCAAGCUCCUCACGCUCAUCCUCAGGAACAACGAACUGGAAACGAUCAACGGUGUGGAGCAGUUGUCUUCGCUCCAGCAUUUAGACCUGGCCUACAACCUCCUGCUGGAGCAUUCCCAGCUGGCUCCCCUCUCCCUGCUGCACUCGCUCAGCACACUGAAUCUGGAGGGAAACCCGCUGUACUUCCAGAAGUCCCAUCGCACCUCCACCGUCCGACAUCUUUCCCCGAAGGCUGCAAGCCUCAAACUGAAACUCGAUGGUUCCCCGUUGUCGUCGUCGGAGAUAUCGGUUUUGCCCAAACCGGGUCAGCUCACCGUCCAGCCUCAGGUUUCGGUCGCCGCGCCGACGGAGCGGGGCAGCCAGGAAGUGUCGAGCGGCGCCGGCGAGCUGAGCGACAGCCUCUCGGUGGGAGAAGUCGGGGUCUCGCGCUUACGCAAGAAGAAACAGAGGAGUAAGGUGAAAGUGCGGAGAGCCAGCAUAUCUGAGCCCAGCGAUACCGAUUAUGAGCCCAGACGUGUGUCGUCCGCACAAGCAAUCGCCCUCCCUCACCAGCACGAGAUCGAGCGCAUGUCCAGCUUCAGGGAUCAGCUGGGAGAAGACUGGCUGAGGUACCAGCACCAUCUAGAAGGAGAAGGUGCAAAGCAGCCCGAGCCGCACUGCCGGACCCUCCCCAACGGCCUCGACGCCAGCCCCGGCGCGCGACGGGCCGCGGGCGUCGCGGAGGUCCUCCCGCCGCCGCUGCUCUCCUCGGAGGCCAAAGCGGAGCCGCCUGAGGCGGAGCCGGACCUCGAAACGGAGUCCACCUUGCUGUGGCCCGGUCACAGCGUGCAGCAGACGGAGUCAACCCUAGAGGACAGCGCGGUCGACGGCCCGGCGGCCGUCAGCUCAGCUAAGCCGAGCCCGGAGUCCCAGAGGUCGGCGGCAGCAGCGAGCGUCGACGCCAAUCAAGAAGAAGAAGACGACUUGGGAGUGGACCUGUGUCACCCCCUGCUUGUGGGCGUCUUACCUGACCGAGAGGAAAACGGGGACGGCCCGGCGACGAGGGCGAGGAGAAGGGAGGUGUUCCUGCGCGUCAAACAGGACCUAGUCCUGGAGGUGGACCCUCAGUGCGGCCGGGAGAUAUGCCGCCUGGAGCUGGACAGCCUGGCCCGGGUGGAGACGACGGAGGCGGCGUGGGCCCGAGGGGAUGCGGAGGAGCUGCUUCCGGCGGUGGAGCUCCACUUCGACUACAUCAGCAAGGAGAGGAGGAGGAGACGCUACGUUCUGCUCGACGACGACCCACGGCAGGCGAUGCAGGCCCUGAUUGACGUGCUCGCUCACGUGGCCGAGGAAAACCAACGGCGCGACGCCGAGCUCCGCCCCGACCGGGUCAGCCUGCAGUGCCUCCGAUGCAGGUCGGAGUUCACGCUCCACGGCGGCGCCGGCAAAGAGGAGGAGGCCGGGGGGAGGAAUGGAUCUGCGAUGCUGGGCGUGGAAGACGAGGAGGAGGCCAGGGAGGCAGAGCGAGGCGAGGACGGGGAAGGAGCGACUCGCGUUUGUCCCGAAUGCGGCAGCGAUCACGUGGUCCAGGUGGCCGACCAGCCGGCCCCCUACAGCAGCACCCCCGUCCGCCAUUCACCGAGGACCGAGAGCGAAGACGAUCUUCUCGAUGUCAGCCGGAGCGCCAAUAAGCUGGACGAUUACACGGAUGCUAGCGUCAGCAGCAGUCCCAUCCAGGAAACCGCCGCCACCACCGCCACCACCAACACCACAGAAGACCCAUUCAUCACCGCCCAGGGAAGCUCCUUCUUCAUCGGGGGUGAUCCGAGCGACACCAGCAGCCUCUCCUGCAACGCAGAGUGCCAGAGUAAAGAGGACCUCGCCGGGAGCUACCGCUACACCUCCGCGGACGCUACGCCCCCUCAAGUCCGAGCUCCGCAAGCGAGUCGAUCCAGCUCCGCCGACGAUUUGGACUUACUCUCCGAGGACUAUGAGGCCGUGGACCACCGGCUGAAGCUUUUCCUGGACGUGGAGGUCUUCGAGGAAGAAGAGGAGCUUCACUCUUUCCUAAAGAGGCCAGCUCGCCGAUUGGCUGCAGAAGAAGGACAGCUACCCAAUCCUGGAGCUCGGCUACCUGGAGGUGGGGCUGGGCUCUCAGACCAUCCACAUGGAGUUCGGCGACGGCGGCGUGGCGUACACCCUGCUGGUGAGGGACAGUGUGCGCUGCAAACGCUUCUUUGGCGUCUUGACAGGUAAACAGGAACGCAAUUAGGAGAUCAUUUCUGUUUCGUGGCUAACGCGGGAAACCCGUCGACCCUGGCUUCUCCUCAGACUCUGAGGGAAGAUGCUGCACAAAGCGCUCGUUUUAAAAAAAAAAAAAAAAAAAAAAAAGUUGUGGAGCUCGGUGGUGAGCCCGAGGCGUGUAUUGGAACAGCAUGUUCCUCCCGCAGACAGAGCAACCAAAGCGGCUCCCCUCAAUGCUAUACCAUAUGUGCGCUUUGUGAGGCGAACGCAUGCCCCCCGUCCCCCUUCGAGCAUUGGCUUCUCACAGGCUUGUCUGCAAGAGAGGACCCGAGGCCGAGAGGGAGAAAGCCUUUUUAUUAGAAGGGGGCUCCUUCCCGGGUUUGGAAUGUCUGGAAAAAAUAUGGAAAAUUAAUUUGUCAAACACUCCCCCCCAGCCCCCCACUACAUACAAAAAAAAAAAAAUUGACGAAAACAGAUCUUGGCUCGUACCGAGAGCCGUUUGGUGCAUGUGACGUCUCGACGCUGGAACCAGCGCAAACAGUGCGGACGGGCCGUCCCGCUGUUUUGACAGGUGUUUACCUUCAGCCGCCGUCUGAUGCCGUCUCCGUCGCGCACGGUCAAGGGAGAUGGACGCGGGAGGAAAUUAAUUCGGAGCGAGUUUUUUCUAAGAGGAAAAGGGCAGCCGGUUCAAAAGCUUUUUAAUGUGCGACCUCUUUGUUUUCUGGAUGGAGAGAGGUAAAUAAAUCCAUUUUUAAAAAGUGCACCGCUCGGAUUUGUUUGUGUUCAUGGGUUUAACCAGUCUGACCAGAAUCAAGUGACAUUUCAGACAUGUGUCCCACUUCUCUUUCCCUCCUCCUCCUCCUCGCCUUUCUGUUAGUUCCUGUCUCUCCACUGAGAGCCUUUUUCUUUCUGUCUACGUCCAUAAACAGCUCAUUUGCUGUGUUGUAUUCUUUGUGGCUGAAAAUGAUUCCAGAUUGCUUUCAGCGAGACCACAGAGUGUCUCCAAAACAGAACAGACAAAGUGAAAAACACGACUGCUUUUUUUUUUUUUUUUUUUUUUUUCUUCCUGCAGCCUUCCAGGUGCAUCUUUAGAAGAUGAAUGAAACCUGAUGUUCCUGAUUGUGCCAGAGCCCAACACGUCACGUAUGUGAUGUUUGUACUUCCUUUUAUCCUGAAGUCAGAGAUAACUAAGUUGCCGUUGUGCCAGACUCUCUGUUCCCGGUGCCAAAUUAACCCAAAAACAGCUGUUGUAAUAUUUUGUCAGGAGAAGAAGUACGGAAAAGCUUAACCAUAACAAACCCUGUCUAUCGUCCAAGCUGGCUCCUAUCAUGUGGACAAAGUUUAAAACCACCACUGGAAUGACGAUGGACUCGCUGGCUGCAAGACAGGGAAAGGAUGUGGUUAUAACGGGGACAGUUUUCUGGAGCUUGGAGCUUCUUUCUCCGACCAAGUCUGACACAACUUUAUUGAAACGUUAGAGAUAACACGAGACCUCCGCGGUGCGCUGCCAAACGAUUUCCCUUUUGUUUCCAAUUGUUUUGUUGUUGCGCUCAAACUGCGUUACAGGAAAUUUGGUCAUACUGGUGGAUGCGUCAACUCAACAAGUUGCUUAGGAAACUGAACGUUUAAUCUUAAUCUGUUUACUCUCUCAGCUGUCGAGCGUAUUAGACAGCGCUGUGCUAUUUGAUUUCAUGUGAAAAUUAUCAGGGGCAUUGCUGUUGGUCUUGGAAGCAGCGUCCGAGAUGAGAGCGAGCAAUGCAAUAUUGACACAGACCAGAGAACCAAUGAGACCCCAUUUGUUACAAACUUGGUUCUUAACACGCUCUGCCUGUCACCUUUGCUUACUCGUGAUUGCAGUCUUGGAUGGCACCUCGGUAAACUGUCCACGUUAACACGUUAUUUAAUCAUGUAGUUGGUCUGACACUCGCUGCUUCCCCUCAGACAUGGGCCGCGCUGCCAGCAAUGUGGAGGGACUUGGACCCGAGUCCAAAGAACGAUUUCGUGAAAGAGAUCGGACCAUCUGCCAGUCUUUUCCAAAAUAUUUUGAAGCGCGCUGAAACGCAAAGCUCAAAAGAUGAAAAUGUCUGAAUCUGAUUAAAGCUGACGCUUUUUGUUGUUGUACAUAGCAUUCGAGAAACGUCAGAGAUAUGACGAAGUGCAGGGCACGGAUUUUGCCUUUUCGGUCCAAGAGCAACUUUGUUUUAAGUCCUGAAUUCACAGGAUUCAACAGAAAAAUCAGAUUUUUAGGAGAAGAGUGGUUCUGAUGCAAUAUCAUUCAGCAUGUGUAGGACAUAAGAAAAUGACAGUAUUUGCAUACAUUUUUAUUACAUGAAUACGCCCCCUACAUGCUAGUAUCAUUCUAAACACUGACAAAAAACUAAAUAGGAUGGACCUAUCAAUGAUAUUUUAGAGUUUGUUUCCAGGAAAUGGUUUCGAAAAUGCGAAUGUCUCAUCCUGCACCUGGGGGCGGGCACUAAUUUUGCAACCAUGGCCGUGGGAAUGCCGAGGACUUCUUAAACACUUUUUUGUAAUAUACAAAAACCGAAAGACCCGGAAUAGACUAGUCUUAUGUGUCUUUUGCCGUAGACUGUAAAUAACGAUGGAUGACAGGGCCUUAAAAGUAGAGUCAAAGCAAGUAGAGCUCCCCCUGGUGGCUGGCUGCAACAUAGGUCCUAAGCUAAGUUCGUGAAUGGGACUUGGGCCCAAACUAUUUCAAGGAUAGUUUCUCUCAUUUUGGGUAGUGUCUUAGGCAGGUAUCGAUUUUUCUGAUAAGUUUUGUUUUCGUCAUUUGAUGCUAUAAAAAGAAACAGGAUGUCAUCUCAUGAUAGCUACCAGUUACCACGCCAACCACUCUAUAAAGCAGUCCCGUAGGAGCGUGAGAAAAAAUAAAGAAAUUAUUAAGUACAGUGUAUAAUCCAAAUUAUCUUUGUAGCUGGUAGAGGUAGAGUAGAGGGCAGUAUUAAUUAAAUGAAAAUACAAUUGAGUCUGGUGGUAAUGUGGGCGGGUCAUCGAUAACUAGUCAUCCAAACUCACAAGAUGGCGCCGUUUGUAUCCCCAGGAAACUACCAUCAGUUUCACCAAUGCAAGGAAGUGGGGAUGCAUUGUCCAUAUGUAUAUACAGUCUAUGCCCCCUCAGAUACAUUUCUAUGAAAACAGGAGUCAAAUAAAAUCCUUUUCUCAACAAGAAUUCAUAAACCCCACCCUGUUUUCUCAUCAUCUCACCUUCUUCUGCUGUUAAUCCAGUAUUGUCCUCUUGCUCCCCCUUUUCCACCUCGAUGUCCCUUUAAAUCUUUUUUGAACUCUCGUCCAUUCACACGUGACUGCAGAUAUCGUCUCUGCCCUGUAUUGUUGUCACACUCAAUGACAUGCUACAAUUCAUGACUGUUGGCGUGACCCAGCGGAUUGUGUUCCCAACAUUUUCUCACCCACUGAAUCAAUGGAGCUGAAAUCUUACACCUGGAACCAUAAACCUUUUUUGCCUUUUUUGUUGCAGCCACAAUAGCAGAAGUCGUCUCAGGUUGAAUUUGGCUUUUGUGCCUAGACCUCAUUCCUUGAAAAUUUGGGCGUGACGUUUAGUCUACUAUAACAUCGCUAUGUCUUUUCCAAGUUUAGAGGUAGAUUUCCAGUUUCGAGAUUGACUACUUCUUCUUGUACACAUGUGCCUCCGUGAUCACUGUAAACAACCCCCAAAAUCUUACACUUCUGAAAUUCCUCAUGAGAGUGAGCCGAGGGAUGUGUUUGGCAUCUCCUGUUUGAACAGUUGCUCGCAGUUCUUCACUUCCCUCGGCUGUUUCAACAAGCUCCAAGCCGUAAACUACAGUUCUGCUCAGAUGUGAUGCAUUAUUUUCACAAGGAAUCUUGGGAAUUUGCAUUAAUUUCUCACAGUCAAUGAAUCUUUGGUUGGCAGAUGAGCUUUUGGGAUCUUAAUCCAUUCCCCUUUCUUGCAUUCUUUUGGGUUUGGACUCACUUUUGAAUCCUUGGUUGGCUCGAUAUUUCUUAGAAUGUUUCAUAGAAAAGGCAAUACUCAAAGGGGCUGGGGGUUGGUGCAAGAAUCUGGACCAAAGAAAUAAAUCUGUAGCUUUGACAAAAACAAACAAAAUACUUUAAUUAGCAUUGCUCUAGAGUCUAGAAGUACUAAGUCAGAAACAACUGGAAUGGCUUUAAUUUCUUAAAGCUACAUUGUGGGACUUUUAAAUAUAAAUAAACUAGGCAAAUUGCUGCGGGGCGGAUGAAGCUAAUCAGCAUCAGGUUGUUCUUUUGCGUUUGGUUUACGUCAUUUUACGUCAUUCUACGUCAAGGAGCAAUGAUCUUCUGCCAGAGCUGUAGCAAAGAGAAUGUCGUAGCAGCGGCAUCUGGGAGAAUAGUGGGAAAGGUUACUAAUGUAACCUGGGUUCACUGAACUCUGUCAUGAUCAGGAAAAAAAGUAUAAUCUACCUAGUGUCCAAGUAAAGUUUCAGAUGCUCUGGAUAAAAAAAGAAACUUGCUGUUCAGAGCAUGGAUUACAAUCUAAACAAGACAGAGAUCUCAGAUUAUGUUUGUUGUAGCAUUUCCUUGUUUGAGAAGGUUGAAAGAUGGGAAGGAAGUUUAGGUGUCGGGAAUCUGAUUGCUUCAGAGCCUGGAUGUAAGCACCAUUAUAUU